CACCGACUAUGACUAUGACUAGUCUCUUCUACCCCUGGCUAACCGUCGGCUCACUACACACUACACGCAACUCUACUGCUAUACUGUUGCCAACCCUGCACUCAUCUCAACUACCCCUUCUUUUACUCCUUCACCAUCUACCAUCCACCAUCCACCCUCAGAGUCUACACCACGCUGUCUACUCUCCUACUAUCAAAAUGUGUGCAUCCCCGUUGGCAAUUCUCGUCACGCUACGAAGGAAUCAGCAGUAGCAUUGCGCGCUGCUACGCGAAACGAUCUUACGCGUUAUUUAUUGUAUUAGAUUGUUUUGUACAGUUACGCUUAUUUAUAUUUAUUGUGAUUUUAACAUUGUUGGUAUUCGAAUUUAUGGUAAAAAAUAUUGAAAAAAUAACAAAAAAAAAGUUCACCAAGAGAGCUGUUUUUCAAUCACUUUAGAAGAAGGAAACAAUUUACCGUUGAAGGAGUUGAUUUCUUACCUGUCUAGUGUAGUUCCUCUGCAGAAUAUAAGGAAUUGGUACGGCGGAACCCCUGGAGAAUGAGGUCCCGCCGGAAAAUCUCGCCGGCCGGCGGGUAACGCUGCUCUGUUAAAGUUUUUGUUGGGUUGUUUAUGGAGAUAUUUAUGUUUUAAUGGGAACAUGUGCUGGCUAGAAGUAUACAAAUCGGUUAGAUAAAUGAAUAUACUUAUGAGAGAGUAGUGUACCUGCGGCUCACCACUGACAUCCUGAGCAAUAAACGUCCAUGACCGUAAAUGCCAGAAAGUUGGGCUUUGGAAUUUAAACCGACGGAUAUAACGACAACCGGGACCAGGACCAGAGAAAAGGAAGAAAAGAGAAGAGAAGUUAAUAGAAGAGAAAGAGGAAAAGUGGAUGGGAAGAGAACGAAAAAAGGACGAGGUUCGUUUCUGUCUAUACAUUAUUCAACGGACCGUGUGUUUUUGCUUAUACACAAACUAGUUUUUAAUUAACGUUUUUCCGGUAAAUAUAUGCAGUGGUUACGCGAAUUUUAGCCUUUUUUAACGGAAAAAGGAUCUUUAAAUAAUUUAUCUGCUUUUAUUUUUACCCUGGGAAUACUUUUGUGGGGAUGGUUGGUUACAAAUGCACUGUUUUUAAAUUUCGUGGUUAUUUUUAUUGUGUUUGUUGUUUCUGGAAAAUGUAAAUUAAACUUUUGAUGAUUGUGUUGUUUUACCGCUUCCGAAAGUUGUGGCAGAGUAAGGAAUUUUAGUGUUAUUUAUAAUGUAACACUCAAUAACUGCCAAGUUAACUUUUUUGUGACGGUUUAACUCUGAGAAUGUGUUGCUUGUUGUUAAUGACGUUGAUGUGUGGGAAAUUACCACACUAUAUAUGUUUUUUUGAUCACGUUAAUGCAUCGAUGUCAAGUAGCGCUUUUUGAGUGUUAUUGGCUAGAAAUAUUUAAAUGUUUUGGAAUUUUUUAAUACUAUGGAGACCACCGGGAAGUUCCUCUACUUUACGAUAAUUCUGCUACAAUGUCACGUACACCCUCUCGAGUCUUACAACGUGCCCUGUGCCUUCAAUUCUAUGUGUCUCUGCUGGCUACAAGACGAGGAUGAGUUUACACGGAUGGACAUCAGCUGCCUGGGUGUUUCUUUUUCUCGAUUUCCCGAUGUAUCGGUGAGUUAUGUGGCGCAGCUGGACAUCGUGAAAUCGGGGAUGCUGGCGCUGGAAAAUGACGCACUGGUGAGCUUGUCGGGAAUCGAGGCGCUCGGGCUCAUGAGCAAUCGUCUGGCCACCGUCGGGGAGAAGUCUCUCGUCGAAGUAUCGAGCAGUUUACGAUCACUGGAUCUGAGCUAUAACUCCCUGGAAGAAAUGCCGUUCAAAGCACUUCGAGGAUUGAAAAAGUUGAAUUGGCUCAACAUGCACAGUAAUCACUUGACAACUCUGGACGUUGAUUGGGGCCACGUGUCAGAAACAUUGACCAACGGAUAUUUCGGCGAUAACAGCAUAACCGAGCUUCCGCGAGUAAUAUCCCACUUUAAAAAUUUAAUAUCGCUCAAUUUGGACGAUAAUAACAUAAAACAAGUGCCAGAAGAGUCGCUGCCUCGAAACAUCCGUACACUAAGUUUGAACAAUAAUUUGAUAACUCAUUUCCCUCUGAGUGUUAGCAAUUUAGAGUCCCUGAGCUGGUUGUAUCUGCGCAGUAACUUCAUUAGAAUACUAGAGUUACCCUCGUCUUUUAAAAGUAACUCCCUCGAAUCGAUAGACCUGAGUGACAAUUUAAUAGAGUCUAUUCAAGUUAUCACGACAUCUGUCAUUAGUAACACCGUAAACAAAAAUUCAACAUCAAAAGUUAUAGUUAAAGAUUUUAAUUUGUCAAACAAUAAGCUGUCAGUAAUAGCAUCUGGCGUUUUCCGGUUUCUCGAAACUCGUCGGCUCCAUCUGUCAUCAAACAAUAUAAGUUACAUCCAUGAGGAAGCGUUUACCGGUCUCGAUAAUAUUUUGGAGUACCUAAAUUUGGAUAAUAACGAUCUACAUAAUAUCCCAAGUGCAUUGUCGUCUCUCACGAGGAUCGCUUAUCUCUACCUUUCUAAUAACAAUAUUUACAAUAUCACCAGUGACACUUUUGAAUCAUACAGUGGGUACUUACGAGUCCUGUCUUUAGCGACGAAUAAUUUAGCAGCAGUGCCUGUUGGAGCGUUCGCUCCUUGCAAAAGGCUCCAGCAUCUAAAUUUGGGUUACAACAAGAUUACCCACGUAUUUCCUGGGGAUUUUGAGUGGGCAACCAACCUCGAGGUUCUCCUCUUACGGAACAAUGCUCUGUCUAAACUAAAAGCCGACACUUUCAAGGGCGCUUACAAGCUUAAAGAACUCAGCUUGUCAUUCAAUCAAUUGACCGAGUUAGAUGACAAAGCGUUCGCUGGAACAGAAGAGACCCUGGAAAUGCUCGAGCUGAGUUUCGCCUUUUCCACAGACAUUUAUCCAAAAUCGGCGUUGUCUCCGCUAACCAAUUUGCAGUGGCUGGUCCUCGACAACAACAAUUUCCAUUUACUAGAACCGGAUGUCCUCUAUCCGUUCAACCAACUCCGUUACAUUAAUUUGGAGUCGAAUCGAUUGCAUUAUCUCCCGGACAACCUAUUUUUGCCGCAAGUUCACGGGGAAUUGCGUGACAUCAAAAUGGGGUAUAAUUACCUAGAAGAGCUACCAGCUAACCCCUUCAAAAAUUUAACGGAACUGAGGACGAUUGAUCUGACAGGAAAUCGAUUGAGUUAUUUGUCAAGUGGGACUGUUGAAGACUGUGGGAAAUUGGUGACUGUUUCGUUGGCUUACAACCGAAUAACUACUAUGGAGAAGGCCGCGUUUCGACGAUUGUCAGCUCUCAGGUUUCUAAAUUUGGAAUUUAACGGUUUAACUACUCUUGAUCUCGACGCUAUUGUUGAAUGCGGUGGAUCAGUAUUCUCGCUAAAUGUCUCUUUCAAUUCAAUCUCGGUUAUUAAUUCCGAGUUCAGACUGAUCAAUCUCACGGAAAUUGAUCUGGGGUUCAACAACAUCACUACGCUACCCAGCGACACGUUUGAUGGAUUGCCAAAUUUGAGGACUCUCGAUUUGAGGGGCAAUUUUCUUACUACUCUUCAUCCUGGCACAUUUGCAUUGGAACAUCUGGAGACACUAAACCUUCAAGACAAUCGACUGUCGACAUUAAGAAAGCAGACGUUCCACGGGACAUCAUUUUUACAGGAAUUGGAUCUGAGCCGAAAUUCACUGUCGCAAUUAUCUACGGAGCAAUUUCGUAAUCUACGUAAUCUACGUAUUCUGAAUUUAUCAGGGAAUCACAUAAGAUCGUUAUCCCGUGACGUGUUCGAGGGUACACGUAUCGAGACACUGGAUUUGAGCUCUAAUAGAAUCAGUAUCGUGCCUUCCGCAGCAUUCCUAGAAGUGGGUUACACACUGCGCGACUUAAAUUUAGCUGAAAAUUUAAUAGAACACUUAGAUUCAUCUGCAUUCCCAGUUUCUCAGCUUAUUAACUUAAAUCUCGCGGAUAAUCGUCUGACAAUAUUGCCCGACAAUUCCUUUGUCGCGCUCAACGGACUCCUGAGUCUUAAUCUCUCGAAAAAUUACAUCCAGGCUAACUUCAAAGAGCUGUUUCAUUAUCUACCAGAUUUGAAGCGGCUGUACAUGGCUAAUUGCGGUCUGAAAAUAGUUCCUGUCUUACCACUGAGCAAUCUCAAUAUUCUCGACCUGUCAUUCAAUGCUAUUCAAGUUCUUGACCAGGCCAAUGUACAGUAUCUGACCUCCCUCAAGGAAUUGAGCCUCGUUAACAACUCCCUGAAUGCCGUCCCAGACGUCAGACUAAGGAUUCUACGACACCUAGAUCUAUCGGACAACCCCAUUGAGGCUCUGGAGAAGGAGACUUUCUACGGGUAUCCACGUUUGGAGAGCCUGGUAUUACGUAAAUUGCGUCGUAUUAAAUUUAUCGACAAUGAUUGUUUGCGUUACUUAAAGUACUUGAAAGAACUGAGCAUCCAGACGUGGCCUUUGGUUGAUAAUUUUAAUUUACAACGAGUUUUAAGUGGAUUACCUCUACGUACAGUGGAGAUAGAAGUAACAGAGAAAGUCCUCUCGACGCAGAUACAUAAUACUUUUACAAAACGACUGAGGGAGCUUACGAUAACGGGUCAAGAGCUUGAGGCGAUUUCCUCGGAAGCAUUUUUGACCAUACAAGCAGGGAAGCUUAUUCUCAGAAUCAAGGACACCCACGUAAGACGCUUCCAGUCAGAUAUAUUUUUAUCGCUGGCACGUACCAUGUCCCAGCUUACACUUGAUUUACGCAACAACCAUAUCAACGAGCUCAGCCCUUCAGUCAUCUACGGCAAUCUCUCAUGGGAAACUGUUGGCACGAAUCUCGUUGCCGGUGGUCUUCAGGUGUCGGGGAAUCCCCUGGAGUGUGAUUGCGAGAUCGCAUGGCUAAGUCUCUGGUUACGUCGAUGGCUCCGUGAGGCCCGGCAAAUUCACACAGCCUCCCAGUCAGAUGCACGACAACUUCGUAGCCUCGCUGGACGAGCAGUCUGUACGGAAACCACCCCGUCUUACUCGUCAGAUCGAGUGCUUCUUACCCUUGGGACGCCUCACACUGCUUGCCAAGCGUCCGCCUUGAGCCCCGGACACCUCUCACGACCGCCAUUACCCAAGCGACUCUUGUUUUUCCUCCUUUUUCUCAUCAGAUUCAGCAUCAACUCUACCUAGUGUUUCUGCUCCUACAUCUGAUCGCAUCGCAUUAAGGUAAUAUAAUAUAAUAAUAGCAUAAUACUUUCUUCAAUUUUUAUACAACUGCUAAUACAACGAUCUUACUCUUUAUUCGUAUU